AUGCUUUUUGAGGAGUUAGUUGGAAAACUCCAAACUUUUGAACUAAAUCACCUGUCUAAGAAACCAAUUUCUAAGGCUAGUAAGAGUAUUGCUUUUAAAACUUCCAAUGAAAAAUUCUAUGUUUCCCAAGAUAGUGAUGAUCAACUUGAUGAAGAGGAACUUGCUUUCUUCGCUAAAAAAUUCAAAAAAUUUGUGAAGUUUCGAAAAGAUAAUAAGCAAGGAAACUCGUCAGCUUCUAAUGAUGGACCUAAAAUGAACAAUUCAGGUUUUGGUGAUAAGAAGUUUUCUACUGAUAAAUCUAAGCAACCCCAAGGCAUUCAAUGUUAUGAGUAUCAUGGUUUUGGUCAUGUUCAAGUUGAAUGUCCCGACACACUCAAAAAGAAAUCCAAUAGGGGGUACAAAGUCACUUGGGAUGAUGAUAGUGAGGAAGCGAGCAAUUCUCAAAAUAGUCACAAUAAAACUGACGAAGUCCCAAGAUACACAGUCCUUGUUGCUAGUGUGACAUCUCCUACAUCACCAGAAGCGUUUGUGUCUACACCUACGUGUAGUAUUGAGGAUAACUAUGAAUCUAGUGAUGAGGAUGUUAACAAUGAUGAGGAUGACUUAGAAUCUAUUCAUGAUGCUUAUAAUGAACUUUUCAAAGAAUGCGUUAAACUGAAAAAGAAAAAGAAAGAAUUGAUUCUUGUCAUUAAAAAGGUUGAAAUUGAGAGAAAUAGUCUUCGUGUUGAUGUUGAUUCUAGGAUUCAUGAAAUAGAAGAGUUAAAAGCGCACCAAACAAAUUUCAAUGAAAAAUUUGCUAAAAUUGAAAAAGAAUGUUUGGUGGCCUUGAAGGCUCUUGGGAUAUCUAAGGAGAGAGUCAAAGUAUUGGAACACGAUUUAAAAGAGGCCAGUGAGGCCAUUAAAAGAAAUAACUGUGGCGCUUCUCGUAUAGUUGAACUGACUCAUACUUUUAAAAAUAGAAGCGGCCUUGGUUUUAUCUACCCGCCAUCUGUUGCUGCUAAGAUUAGUGAAAAACCUAACAAGGAGAUCAAAUUUGUGAAAUCCGUCUCCUCAACUAUUCCUAAGACCUUAGAUUGUCCUAUCCCUAAGAAAUGGAUUAUCACUUGCCACCAUUGCGGUACUCUAGGUCAUGUUCGUCCUUAUUGCUACAAGUUUCUUAACAAUAAUAAAAAUGGAAAUGGUAGGUUUCAAAUUCCUAAUGUCUAUUAUGGGCCAAAACAUAGUGUCCCUAAUUUUAGAAAACCUCGUAAGAUAUCUCAACCUAAGUCUGAAAAACAUAAUGAAAAUUUUGAAAAACAAUUGAGUCAUUUGGCCAAUCAAACAUCACACAUUGUUGAGGAAAUUCAAAAACUGUCUAGUUUUGCCAAAGGAUUAAAUGAACGUAAUACCUCACCGAGCCAGAAUUCUUUCAACCACCUAUCUCAAAUGCAUAAUAAACCUAAACAAGUUUGGAAGAAAGUUGAUAUAGUGUGUAAUGUUGCUCACACUGCAUUCAAAGCAGAUUACUCUCAUGCUUGGUAUUUAGAUAGCGGUUGCUCUAGGCAUAUGAUUGGCAAUAAGUCUUGGUUUAGUAAAUUAGAAAAAUACAAUGGUGGUUUCGUCACUUUUGGUGAUGGUAAUAUAGGGAGGAGGCACCAUAUCUACUCACGGUCUUCCACAUUUGGAAAAUGUCUUAUAUUUAAAGGUGUUAGAUCGUCUGAUAAUUGCUACUGUGUUCAAAUGGAUAAUCUUGUUGUAUGUAAUCGUAUUAUGCUUGAUGAUGUUGAACUUUGGCACCAACGCUUAUGGCAUGAGAAAAGUCUGAUGCUUUUGCUUGUUUUAAAUCGAUUUGCCUUCGUAUUCAAAAUGAAAAGGGAUAUCCUAUCAUACGUGUUAGAAGUGAUCAUGGUGGAGAAUUUGAGAACUCUGAAAUUGACAAAAUACUGUGAUGAUAAAGGCAUCAAGCAUGAGUUCUUAGCUCCUCGCACACCUCAACAAAAUGGGGUUGUUGACAGGAGAAAUAGAACUCUCCAAGAAAUGGCUAGAGUCAUGCUCCAUGCCAAGCGUGUCCCUAGGGAUUUGUGGGUCGAGGCCAUUAACACUGCUUGCUAUACCAUAAAUCGGGUCUAUGUGAGACCCGAAACUACGUGUACUCCUUAUGAGAUUUGGAAUGGUAAGAAACCCUCUGUAAAAUAUUUUCGGGUUUUUGGUAGUAAAUGUCACAUCUUGAGAGAUAGCGAAUCUCUUGGUAAAUUUGAUUCUCGGAGUGAUGAUGGGGGAGAGCCUAGUGAGAAAGAGAAGGCUGUUGAAACCGAGUCUAACGCCAGUGAGUCAUCCUAUGAUGAGGAGUUAGGACAACAUGAUCUAAUUCCCUCAAAUGCUAAAGAACCAUCAGCAAGAGUCAAACUCAAUCACCCUAAAGAUCUUGUCGUAGGAAAUCUAGAUGAAGGUAUGUUAACCAGAAGGAAAGCUACAAACAUUGCCAACUAUGUCUGUUACACCUCCUCUCUAGAACCCAAGAAGGUAGAAGAAGCUUUGAGUGAUGAGUUAUGGAUAGGGGCCAUGUAG